GUGAAGUACUACAAUGCGGAGAGCUAUGAGGUGAACCGCUUUAACGAUGCCAUCGUCAAGUACCAGGUGGGAGACUUCGUCCUCUUCGGCACCUACAUCAUCCAGCUCUACACGCCGCUCAACUGGUUCGGAACUUACUACAGGAUGAUCCAGAACUCCUUUGUGGACAUGGAGAACAUGUUCGAGCUCUUCCACGAGGAGCAGGAGGUGAAGGAUGCGGUGAACGCCGGCGACCUGCGCUUGGAGGCCGGGCGGAUUGAGUUUGAGAACGUGCACUUCAGCUACGUGGAUGGGCAGGAAAUCCUGCAGGAUGUCUCCUUCUCGGUGAUGCCCGGACAGACCCUGGCCCUGGUGGGGCCUUCGGGCUCGGGGAAGAGCACCAUCAUCCGCCUGCUCUUCCGCUUCUACGACGUGCGGGGCGGCUGCAUCCGCAUCGACGGGCAGGACAUCUCCCAGGUGAAGCAGGCAUCGCUGCGUGCUCACAUCGGGGUGGUGCCCCAGGACACGGUGCUCUUCAACGACACCAUCGCCGACAACAUCCGCUACGGACGGAUCCUGGCCACCGACCAGGAGGUGCAGGAGGCAGCCCGAGCUGCUGACAUCCACGACCGCAUCCUUUCCUUCCCCGAUGGAUACAACACCCAGGUGGGGGAGCGGGGGCUGAAGCUGAGCGGGGGGGAGAAGCAGCGCGUCGCCAUCGCACGCACCAUCCUCAAGGGUCCCCGCAUCAUCCUGCUGGAUGAGGUA